AUCAACUUUCCACCGAUUAAAACAAUCACAUCCCAGUUUUCUUUCAAGCAUUCAUUGUUCUUGUUUCAGGUUUAUAGUUGAGAGAAAAAAUAUGGCACACUUCCAAAACCAAUAUUCAGCUCCCGAAGUAACCCAAACAGACGCCUUUGGCAACCCGGUUCGCCAGACCGAUGAGUACGGCAACCCGAUUCCGGCACAGGAGACGGGCCGUGGAAUUGCAGGGAUCGGCGGGCAUCAUCAAGGAAAGCAUCAUGGACUCCGUCGCAGUGGAAGUUGUAGCUCGAGUUCCUCAUCUGAGGACGAGGGAACGGGGAGGAAGAAGAAGGGAGUGAAAGAUAAGCUGAAGGAGAAGUUACCAGGAGGAGCGCACAAAGAGCAGCAAUAUCAGGCGGCGUCAGCCACAACGCCGGGGCAAGGGCCUACGUAUCCUCAACACAACCAGGAGAAGAAAGGGGUGAUGGAUAAGAUCAAGGAGAAGCUACCUGGUGGUCACUAGAACCCUAAAUCACCCGCCUUUUGUCAGUUACUUUCCUACUAGUCAUUUUAUAUAUGCGUU